AUGGACAUGGCUACAGCAAAGCAGGUGGCAAUGGUGGGCGCUGUGGUGGGAUGCGUGUGCGUGGCGGCGGCGUGGGCGAGCGAGACGGUGCCGGUGGUGCCGGUGGCCGGUGAGGGGAUCGCGAGCGGUGGCGGGAGCAACGCGACAGGCGGGGACGGUCUGGUGGUUGCUGCUGCCGAUGCUGCGGCUGCUGUAGUGAGCGGAGUCGGGCUGUGGCUGGAGAACAUGGUGGAGGCGCAGACUGCCGGGCUGCGGGCUUGGCAGAUCGGGCUGGUCUCGAUUCUGGGCUACGUGGCGGUGUGCUGGGUGGUGCGGGUGGUGAGCGCGCCCGAGCCGCUGCUCGCCCGGGCCAAGAAAGAGAUUUUCCGGCUGGCCAAGACGGUGCCUGCGGUGCGGGCGUACGUGGACGGGCAGAUUGAAAAGCAGCUCGAGUCGAUGGGCGCGACGCUGUUUGAUCCGCUUCCGGAGGAGCCGAUGUACUACGCGUUGCCGGAUGCCGGGCUGCCUGUGGCUGACGUGCUUGCGGCGACGGACCGGAUGCUGGUCAAGGGCCAUGUCGACUGGGCGGGCGGCAAGGUGUCCGGCACGGUGUACCACGGCGGCAAGGAGUGGACCGAGUUUAUGGGCGCGGUGGUGGGCAAGUACAUUUGGACGAACCCGCUGCAUGCCGACGUCUUCCCGGGCGUGCGGCGGAUGGAGGCCGAGGUUGUGGCCAUGACGCUCUCGAUGUACAACGCGCCGCGGACGGCGGGCGGAGUGAUGACGACCGGAGGAACCGAGUCGAUUCUGAUGGCGUGCAAGGCGUACCGCGACCGCGGGUACGAGCGCGGGAUCAGCGCGCCAGAGAUGGUUGUGCCGGACACGAUCCACGCCGCGUUUGACAAGGCGGCGGGCUACUUUGGCAUCCACAUGGUGCAUGUGCCUGUGGAUCCUGUGACGCGGGCGGCGGACGUGGGCGCGAUGGCUGCGGCUAUCAACCGCAAUACCAUUUUCAUUGCCGGCUCUGCGCCGUCGUAUCCGCACGGCGUGGUGGACCCGAUCCAGGAGCUUGCGGCGCUGGCGGCGUCGCACGACAUCGGGAUGCACGUCGACUGCUGUCUCGGUGGCUUCCUUGUCCCGUUCAUGGCCGACGCCGGGUACCCACUCGCCGAGGUCUUUGACUUUCGUGCUGCCGGGGUGACCUCGAUUUCCGCCGACACCCACAAGUACGGGUUUGCGCCCAAGGGUGCGUCGGUGGUCAUGUUCUCGACGCAGGCGCUGCGGCACUACAUGUACUUUGUGGCGCCGGACUGGCCUGGAGGAAUCUAUGCGUCGCCGUCGAUUUGCGGCUCGCGGGCUGGCUCGGCCAUUGCCGGCACGUGGGCGGCCAUGAUGGCGCACGGGCGGGCCGGGUACGUGGCGUCGACCAAGUCGAUUGUCGAGACGACGCGCAAGAUUGCCGCGGGCGUCGCGGCCAUCGACGGGCUCUUCCUCUACGGCUCGGGCGAGGUGUGUGUCGUCGGCUUUGCUUCGAACAUUUUUGAUAUCUACCUGCUCUCGUCGGCCAUGUCCAAGCGCGGAUGGAACUUGUCGACGUGCCAGCAGCCGUCGUCGCUCCACCUGGCGGUCACCGUCCCGCACACCCAGCCCGGCGUGGCGGACGAGUUCCUGGCGGAUCUUGCAGAGUGCACGGCUGUGCUGAUGAAGGACCCGAUUGCGCCGCGCGACGGCAUCGGGGCCAUCUACGGCAUGGCCGAGUCGAUUCCCGACCGCUCUCUCGUCUCGCAGAUGGCUCAUGGCUUUAUCGACGUCAUGUACCGGGUCGACACCACCCAGGGCGACCAUCUCGGCUGAGGGAGUGAGGUAGAGGACGCAUGAUGCUCACGCAAGGUGCUCACGCGUCAAGCACAUCGUCCACCAGCUGCAGCAUGACAUCAAACGAGACAGCCUCGGCCGAGAGAAGCUGCGCCUCGACCCGCAUGGGCGAGA